UUCCCUCCUGGGCCGGGCCGCCUGUCCCUGCUGACUUCGCCGUCCUAAUGGCGCUGCUCCGACGCCCGACGGUGUCCAAUGAUUUGGAAAAUGUUGACAAGGAAAUUAGUUCUAAAACUAAGAGUCAUGUGACUGUCAGACGGGCAGUUUUAGAAGAAAUUGGAAAUAGAGUGACAACCAGACCAGCACAAAUAGCCAAGAAAGCUCCGAACACGCGACUCCCUGCUCAAACCAAAACAAAUGUCAAGAAACAACUAAAACCUACUGCUUCGGUGAAACCAGUGCAGGUGGAAAUGUUGGCUCCAAAGGGGCCGCCUCCCUCACUUGAGGAGGUCUCCAUGAAGGAAGAGAAACUGUGUCGAGCUUUCUCGGAUGCACUGCUUUGCAAAAUGGAAGACAUAGACCACGCAGACGGGGAGAACCCCCAGCUGUGCAGUGCCUACGUUAAGGACAUCUAUCAGUACCUCAGGCAGCUUGAGGUCCUGCAGUCCAUCAACCCACAUUUCUUAGAUGGAAGUGAUAUCAAUGGACGCAUGCGUGCCAUUCUGGUGGACUGGCUCGUGCAAGUCCACUCUAAGUUCAGGCUUCUGCAGGAAACGCUGUACAUGUGCAUCGCCAUUAUGGACCGCUUUUUACAGAUGCAGCCCGUCUCGCGCAAGAAGCUUCAACUGGUUGGGAUUACAGCUCUGCUUUUGGCUUCCAAGUAUGAGGAGAUGUUUUCUCCAAAUAUCGAAGACUUCGUGUAUAUCACAGACAAUGCGUACAGCAGUUCCCAGAUCCGAGAAAUGGAGACGCUCAUUCUGAAAGAGUUGAGAUUUGAGUUGGGUCGCCCCUUGCCCCUACACUUCUUACGUAGGGCAUCAAAAGCUGGAGAGGUGGAUGUUGAGCAGCACACUUUAGCCAAGUACUUGAUGGAGCUGACUCUCAUGGACUAUGACAUGGUGCACUAUCACCCUUCUAAGGUGGCAGCGGCCGCCUCCUGCUUGUCUCAGAAGGUUCUGGACCAAGGAAAAUGGAGUGUCAAGCAGGAGUACUACACUGGCUACCGAGAGAAUGAAGUUCUGGAAGUCAUGCAGCACAUGGCCAAGAACGUAGUGAAAGUGAAUGAAAACUUGACGAAGUUCAUUGCCAUCAAGAAUAAGUAUGCAAGCAGCCGACUCCUGAAGAUCAGCACGAUCCCUCAGCUGAACUCCAAAGCCGUCAAAGACCUCGCCUCGCCUCUGCUGGGAAGGCCCUAGGCUGCUGCCACCUCGCCCUGGGAACUCUCGGCUCUGUACAUAGUCCUCUGCGCUACUUCACCAACUGUCCUGAGACCCGCUUUCUAAAUGUAUAUGGAGGAAAAAUAAAGUUACCGAUUUUUCUUAAGGUA